UCCAAAAAUCACCAGGUCUGCAACCACUUUAAUACAGGCGGCUGCUCAAGACAACGCUGCCGAUUUCUCCAUAUUUGCAAUUACUGUGGCGGCGCUCAUGCCCGCACCAUAUGCCCUGUAAAGAAAAGUAACAAUAAAAAUUCAAAUAAUUACUUGUCGACUCCUGUGAAUAUUUUACGUUUGUCAUUAGAAUUGUCCCAGCACCCAGACCCUGAAUUUACUGAAUAUUUGCUGUCUGGCCUCGAGCAUGGUUUCGAACCAGGUCUCGAAAGCAUCCCCUCACAAAAUAUGAUUUGUGAUAAUCUCCAAUCUGCUCUCAUAGAACCAGACACAGUAGACAACCUAAUUAAUAAAGAAGUUGCCUCAGGCUUCAUGAUCGGACCUUUCGAUACCCCCCCUUUCGAACACUUUCGCAUCAGCCCUAUUGGAGUGGCUACAAGAAAAUUUUCCGGUAAAAAACGCCUAAUAAUCGACCUCUCUGCCCCGCAUAAUUCCCCGUACCCAAGCAUAAACAGCCUCAUCCCGCUAGAUGAAUUUUCUCUUCACUACCACGACAUUGACCAAGCAAUUUCAUUAAUAAAAAACGCCGGCCGUGGCGCAUGGCUCGCCAAAGUCGACAUUACUUCGGCUUUUAAAGUCAUGCCCAUCCACCCAGAUUGGUGGCAUCUAUUCGGCGUCCGAUGGCACGAAAAAUAUUACUUCGCUGUCCGUUUAACCUUCGGAUGCAAAAGCAGCCCCAAGAUUUUCGACAUGCUAUCAGAAGCAAUUUGCUGGAUUCUCUCCAACAAUUAUGCAAUUCCUUACCUUAUUCACCUGCUCGACGACUUCUUAAUCAUUUCGCCUCCCGAUGCUAUUCCAGCAGCGCAUCUCAUUACAGUCCAAAACGUUUUUUCCAAGCUAGGCGUUCCAAUCGCCCAGGAAAAAACCAGCGGCCCAGACACGUCCAUCGAAUUCCUAGGCAUCAAUCUGGACACCAUAAAAUUCCAGGCUUCCCUACCCAAAGAGAAAAUCGAUCGAAUAAUUCUGGUCUCAUCCACGCAUUUAGACAGCCCAAAUUGCUCUAAGCGAGAACUUCUUUCGCUGCUCGGCCAUCUAAACUUCGCAAUGCGCAUAAUCCCACAAGGCCGCCCUUUCAUCUCACAUCUGCUCUCCCUCGCCUCCUCGGUUGUCAGGUUAGAAGACCAAAUAUCUCUAACUAAUCAAUGCCGUGAGGAGCUAAAAUUAUGGAUAACCUUCCUUAAACAAUGGAACGGAUUAUCUUUCUUUUACAAAACUUUAGCUUCCCUUCCAUCCGACAUCCAACUCUACACCGACGCUGCCCCCUCUAUUGGCUUUGGGGGUUUUUACCAAGGUCGUUUGUUCGCAUCCACCUGGCCACCACAGCUUCUAGACAAAACCCAUUUCUCAGCCUCUUCAGCAUUGUUCGAACUCUAUCCUCUCGUUGCAGCAGCAUUUCUAUGGGGUAAAGAAUGGUCCACAAAUAACAUCAUUGUUUACUGCGACAACGAAGCAACUGUGCAUUGUAUUAAUAAAACCCACUCUCACGCACCCACAAUGAUGCCACUAUUAAGACGUCUUAUUUGGAUCGCAGCUUGCGACCAAUUCAUUAUAACAGCUAAACAUGUACCAGGAUCAAAAAAUCAAAUCGCUGACUCUCUCUCACGUUUUGCCUUCCAGAAAUUCAGACAGCUGGCUCCAGAAGCGGACCCCAACCCAACGCCAGUUCCUCACUAUUCAGAAUUAAUCUUCCCAUAA